AUGAAGAGAGCGGAUCGUUUACGUGAGGUCGAAGAGGCUGAUGAUGUGGUUGCUGAGAAAUGCAAAAUUUUGGCUGAUUUAUUGAAGAAAUCGAAAUGCACUGUUGUAUAUACCGGAGCCGGAAUCAGCACGGCAGCAUCAAUACCAGAUUAUCGUGGUCCUAAUGGUGUUUGGACCCUAGCUGAAAGAGGGAUCGUAUCUUUAAAAUGUGCAAAUCCAGUGGAAUCAGGGCCAACUGCAAGCCAUAUGAUAUUGAAAGAAAUGUGUCGGAGUGGAUUAGUGCGUCACAUAUUGUCACAGAAUUGCGAUGGUCUUCAUUUGCGUUCUGGUUUACCACAAAAAAUGCUUUCUGAAAUUCACGGAAAUAUGCAUAUUGAAGUAUGCCAGCAUUGUGAACCACCACGACAGUACAUUCGGCCUUUUGAUGUCACCGAAAAAAGUCAAUUCAGACGUCAUGGUACUGGUCGGAUGUGUGUGGUAUGCAACAAUGAAUUAACGGACACAAUUGUACAUUUUGGUGAAGCUGGUAAAGUACCAUGGCCAUUAAACUGGAAUGGAAUUAUUUCCUUAAUUGAUCGAUGUGAUCUCAUAUUAUGCAUAGGAACAAGUUUAGCUGUCCUUAAGGAAUAUCAUUUUUUGUGGCCGAAAUCAAGGAAUGGUACACAGAUAGCUAUUGUAAAUCUGCAAUGGACACCAAAGGAUAGGUUAUCCUGUUUAAAAAUUAAUGCAAAGUGCGACGUUGUCAUGGAAAAAUUGGCAGACCUUCUUGGAAUUCCAAUUAGUCAUUAUUGCAGGAACUGUGAUCCGGUACUUAAUCCAAAACGGAGUGUACGUAUUUGGGAACUAAGAGAACGUUUAACAGAUUGUACUUGUCGUAACCGUAUAUCAGGUUCAAGCGUUCAACAGCAACCUUCAAAGGGUAUUCCUGGAUGGUGGGCAUUUGAGAUUCAGAAAGCAAUAAAGAGAUCCUCAUCAUCUCGUGGAAGCUCUGGAAAGCGUCAUUGCUCGAACAGCUCUCAUCGUAGUGAUUCCUCAGGUGCUACUUGUGAUUCAGUUUUGGGAAAUUCAGAUGAUACAAAGAACAUCUUAGAUAACACACUCUUGUCGACAAAAGAACAAAACAGAGAAACAGUAAGUGAAAAAGAAAUAUUGCUAAAUAGCAGCGAAACAAAGCCAGAAAUUUUGACCAACAAAAAUUCUAGCGGUUUGUCUGAAAACUCCUCGGAAACAUUAUGUAUGGAUGAGAGUGUUGUGGAUCCAGCAGUUGCUGAAUGUUUAUGUGGUAUUUUGCUGUCGCUUAAGAAAGAGCCUAAGUCAUUAUCAGCGUCAAAGGUGCAAAAUGUUGUACCUAGUACCAUAUCCGUCUGCACAUAG